UUUUAAUGUUUAUUAAAGAGUCAUUUGCAUUGGAACUGUAAUUAUGCUUAAGACAAAUGCAGGAAGUAAUGUAUUUAUCGUUGAUUACAGAUUUCCUUUAAAAGAUAAGGAAAUUACAAAAAGAUGGGCUAUAAAUAUGAAGCGAGAAAACUGGUUUCCUACUACAGCCAGUUACCUCUGUUCAGCUCAUUUUGAAGAGAAAUAUAUGUACCACACAAACGUCCAGAGGCGCCUUUUGUCAAAACCAGUACCUACUAUCUUUAACUUUCCACCACAUUUACAAAAGCAAGAUAAAGUAUUACGACUACAACCCAGAAAGCUAUCUUUCGACAAUUUGCAAGAUAGUGCUAUUACAGUGACAUCAUUAGCACAAAUGCCUGUCGGACCCACAUCUGUUUCUGCUGGGCACAAUUACUGUCUACCAAGCCCUAAGAAGUUGAAAACACAAUAUAACAGAGUACAAGCAGAGAAUGUGCGACUAAAGAAGCGGAUAAAGCAAAUGAAGCAACUUAGUGUACGACACAAAAGAAGAAUAGUGCAGUUACAGACUGUAGUUGCUGGUUUGAGAAGAAGGCUAUGUAGUUCAGUUUCUGAAAUGUUAAACAGUGAACAUGUAGUUGGUUUGUUGAAGGAGCUAUUGGAACUUCAGUGCAGUGCUAAAGUAUGCCAUUAUUCUCAGCAAAUAAGGAAAUUUGCCCUGACCCUACACUUUUAUUCUGCCAAGGCAUACAGCUACUUACGAAAAUUUGUGAAAUUACCCCACCCAAGAACGCUUCGACUUUGUUAUUGAAUUACUAUGCUUGUGUUAACUACUUGUAACACAUAUUUCAAAUAAAUUCUCGUUCACAGUG